GAAAUUCAAAGAAAACUCACGAACAAUUGAAACUCAUACUACAAUUUGUUUAAAACUCAUAAAUCACAACAACUGACACUUGUUUAUUUGAACGGUAUAUGGAACGGAACGCAAAGUUUACAAAAAAUCCUGAACUGUAUGCGUCUUUUGAUCCUCUUUUUAUUUUAACUUAAUUCCAAGAAAUUAACAAUAUGACAAAAGUAUUGUGGGGUUAUCAGCGAAGUUUAACAAUGUUGUGUAGAUAAGUGAAGUUGUUAUAAACCUGGUUGUUUUCGAUGGUGCCUUAGUUUUGCGAGUGCUGUGUUAAAAUUAACACAUGAACGGCAAUUUUGAUCUUCAUUUGUUUUCAUUAUGACGAAGCGCCGCAGAAUUCUCCACGCUGACAAAAUAAUACAAAAUGUUAUUCAUGUGUUUUGUUUGUUGAUGUUUCUACAGUUGAAAGAUUAUUAUACAGUUGCACGCAAUCCAUUAUUGUUAUACUCCACGGCAUCAGAUAUCCGCGUGGCGGAUAUGUCGAAGUUCCCUAAAGUGAACACUAUUAGCAAAGGAUUACAGCAGGGGUCUGCUGUAGACUUCCUGCACCGAAGAGACCUGAUUUGUUGGUCCGAUCAAACCGCAGAAUUGAUUCAGUGUAUGAACUACAAUGAAACUUACUCUGGAGAGAAAGUACGAAUAGUCUCAGAAGGACUGAUAACCCCCACAGGGAUAGCAAUCGACUGGUACACAAACAAAAUAUACUGGACGGAUGGAGAGACUAACCGGAUAGAAGUGAUCAGCAUAGACCAGAAGUACCGGAAAGUUCUGUUCUGGUCUGAAGUAGACCUGGCUAGGGCUAUAGCUGUUGUUCCUAAAGAGGGACUCAUGUUUUGGACAGACUGGGGUGAAGUACCUAAAAUAGAAAGAGCUGGCAUGAACGGAGACCCAAGUACUCGCAAAGUCAUUGUGAAGGAUGAAAUAUUCUGGCCUAAUGGAAUCACUGUUGACUAUGACAACAAUCUCAUUUACUGGGUGGAUGCCAAGCUGCAGUUUGUUGAUGUUAUUGAUUACAACGGCCUUAAGAAAAAGAGGAUAGUCAAAGAAGGGUUGGAAUACCCAUAUGCCUUAGCAUUUUUUCAAAAUAAAUUGUUCUGGACUGACUGGAAAACUUGGGCCAUCCACACAUGGGACAUAGCCGCAGGCGGUCCAAUCAAGGAGCUAAUAAAAUCCGACCCCGUGCCUGUGGAUAUCAAAAUGUAUGACGGCAGUAGACAGCCCACUCCUGAGGGAGAUUACCCUUGCAAAGACAAUAACGGGGGGUGUUCUCAUCUGUGUCUUCUCGCUCCUAGUGAUCCUGGGUAUAUCUGCGCAUGCCCAACGGGCGUAAAACUGAGAGAGAACAGUAACACGACUUGUUAUAACAGUCCACAGUCUUUGCUUCUAGUCGCACAACGGUCUAUAAUCUCUAAGAUAUCGCUGGAUUCCCCAGACUUCACUCCCUACACUCUGCCUUUGAAAGACUUAAAGAGAGCCCUCACAAUUGACUUUGAUCCAAAGACUGAAUAUAUUUAUUGGGCUGAUAGUAUGGCCAAAACCAUAUCCCGAGCACGUCUGGAUGGCAGUGAACAGUCAGUAGUAAUACACAGCAGCGGAGUUCCAGACAGCAUAGCCAUAGACGCUUUAGCCAGGAACCUUUACUGGACUGAUCCUGUCACUGACACCAUCAGCGUAGCACGCCUUGACGGGAGUGCUAGAAAGGUGCUAAUCCAUGACGACCUAUAUGACCCUCGUGCCAUAACCGUGCACCCGACAGCAGGAUGGAUGUUCUGGUCUGAUUGGAACGAGAAGAAGCCGAAGAUUGAGCGAGCCAACUUAGACGGCAGUGACAGAAUGCUUUUAGUCUCUGAAAAACUCACCUGGCCUAAUGGGAUGGCUUUGGACGUUGUUAAUAAUAAGUUGUACUGGGGUGAUGCACGAACGCAUAAGAUUGAGGUGUGCAAUUUGGACGGGUCAGACAGAAGAGAGCUGCACAAUAACGAUAUCCUUCAUAUUUUCGGUCUAACUUUGCUUGGCAACCACAUAUAUUGGACUGAUAUGCAACGAAGAACAUUGGAUAGAAUUAAUAAGGAUACUGGCCUAGACAGAGAACCAGUAGUUGAACAAAUGGCGAACAUGAUGGGUGUUAAAGCGUUCCGGCUAGGCGAGCCUCUCGGGCACAACCCGUGUGUGGACAACAAUGGCGGCUGCAGCCACCUCUGCUUCAACCGCCCGAAGGACUAUGUCUGCAGUUGCCCUUUAGGUCUUGAACUAGGCAGUGAUAGAAAGGCGUGCAUAGAACCUGAAGCGUUCCUAGUAUACAGUCGUAAGAAUGUUAUUGGCAGAAUAAGUGUGGAGAACGAAAACAACGACGCCAUACUGCCGAUCAAGGAGUUGAAAGAAGUCAGUGCCUUAGCAGUUCAUGUAUCAGGAUCAAAGAUAUACUGGUCUGACAGCAAAACGAAGACCAUUAACCGAUGCUCCGUGAACGGCAGCAAUAUGGAAAAAAUACUUGAAUGGAUGGGGUUGGUAGAAGGUUUAGCCAUAGACUGGUCAGGCCAAAACAUCUACUGGUCAGACACAACGACCCAACGCAUCGAGGUGGCUCGUUUGGACGGCUCUAGUAGACGAGCACUUAUUUGGCAGGGCCUUAAGAAACCUAAAAGCAUUGUCUUAGAUCCGAAAAAGGGCUACAUGUACUGGUCAGAACUGGGCUCAAAGAGCAUAAAACGCGCGGCAAUGGACGGAUCAUCACCCACCGUGUUCAUGGAUCAAGUAGGCAGGGUCCACGCGUUGGCCAUAGACUUCGACCGGCGCGCCAUCUAUUGGGCAGCGUUGGACCCGCCGGCGAUAGAAUACGCGUUUCUCAACGGCACGGGAAGGAAGAUUUUAGCUGAUGAUAUCCCUAUGCCGUAUGCGCUUACUUUGUAUAAUGAUCGGGUGUUUUGGGGUGAUUGGAACACCGGCAUAAUCGAAGCAGCCAAAAAAAUAGACGGGACAAAUCGUAAGACCAUCCACUCACAGUUUGACUACAUAUCGGACUUGAAAGUGUACCAUCGCGCUCGAUCGUCUGGAACCAAUCAGUGUGGAGUAGACAACGGCGGAUGUUCUCAUUUGUGUCUACCACUGCCUUCUGACACCCGAACUGACUACCGUUGUGCUUGCCCGACGCACUACCGACUUAAUAAGGAUAACUUGACGUGUUCAGAACCAGAAGAAUUCCUACUAUUCGCCCAGAAGAACGCAAUCGGACGUAUAGUGGUCGCGAAUGGAGAGUGUAACGAUGCUGCCAUUCCACUGACUGGCCUCAAAAGCGUGAGGGCUAUUGAGUAUGACCCUGUUAAUAAAUACCUAUACUGGAUGGACGACGAGUCCCACGCGAUCCGUCGCGUCCCGAUCUCAUACUCGACUACUUCAGCGUUAACCGACUCAUCUCCAGUUAUAACCGGUUUAUCACGUCCGUUCCAUUUAGUCCUAGACGUGUUAGGACGUGCUUUGUACUGGACCUGUGCCGACACGGAUUCUAUAAAUGCCACGUCGAUAGAAGGGAACUCCUCAGGCGUUAUACUCCGUGGUGCUGGUAUGAUGCCUCGACAUUUGGCCUUCCAUCAGACCAAAAGGCUCUUAGUAUGGAACGACGUAGGGCUCGGCGCGAUAAUGCGCGCGAGUGUCGACGGCACGUCCCGUAUCGAACUAGCGCGCGCUACUAACGCCACGGCGCUCACCAUAGACCAGACUACUGGUACGGUCUACUGGGCCGCUAAUCGGCAAAUUCAUGCUGUGGAUCUCGACUCGCAUAACAAACGCGUGGUGUGGCAGGGCGGCUGGGUGGGCACGCUGGCGGUGCUGGGCGGGCACGUGUACCUGUGCGGCGGCGGCGGCGAGCGCGCCCUCAUGCGGCUGCCGCUGCACCGCCGCGACGCGCCUGCGCAGCCCGUGCCGCACCUCGCGCGCCUGCACCACCUGCUCACCGUGCACAAGGUGGCCCGCGAGCACGCGUGCUUCGGCGGGCGCGCGUGCGGCGGCGGCGCGGGCGCGUGCGGCGCGGGCGGCGCGUGCGGCUGCGGGCUGGCGUGCGCGCCGCCGCCCGCCUGCGCGCGCGCCGACCACCCCUGCGGCGGCGCGCCGCCAGGGGCCGCGCCGCGCUGCAUACCCAGCGAGUGGAAAUGCGACGGGCAGAUCGACUGCCCGGACGGGUCAGACGAGGGCGGGUCGUGCGGCGUAUGCGCGACGGGGCUGCGCUGCGCCGACGGCAGCUGCGCGGAGACGCUCGACGCCUGCGCGCGCGGUGCACACUGCGCCGACCACCCGCUGCCUGACGCUUUCAGAUGUGACGAGCGACUAUGCUUACCCGCACGACUACUGUGUGACGGCCAACAACAUUGUGAAGACGGCUCGGACGAGGUUCCUGCCGCAUGUGGAUAUCAUAAAGAACCGCCGGAGGCGGGCCGUCAGUCGAACGCGUUCGUGGUGUGCGGCUGCAUCGUGGGCGCCGCGGGCGGGCUGGCGGGCGCGUGGGCGGCGCUGCGGCGCUGGCGGCGCCCGCCGCGCUCGCCGGCGCACGCCGCCUCGCCCGCCGCCAGGGUGCUGUGCCGGCCCAAGCCCGGGGACGACAGGCCCUCCUCGGGCACCGCAGCGACAGACAGCCUGUGCUCGAGCUACCCGCGGCCCACAGCGAACCCUCCCCCCAGCCCGGCCACGGCCAGCGGCGGCGGCAACUCCCGGCGCCGCCCGUACCGCCACUACCGCGCCUGCAACCGGCCCCCGCCGCCCACGCCGGCCUCCACCGACGCGGCCGAGUCCGAGCCCGAACCCGGCGCGCCGCCGCCCUCGCCCGCCUGUCUCAGGCUACACUACUAGCACACCAGGGCUACUCCAUACAACCAAUCUCAUUCCUAUCGUGUCUACCUUACCGCGUAAGUACGAGCGAGGAAAUAAUCAAGUUUCGUAUUAAUUUAUAACUAACUGACGGAGCCAAUUGCUGUACUUUAUUAUGACAAACCCCCUUAUGCCAGGGCAGGUACAUCUAGCUCGCCACCCUAUAAGAAUUGGUGCGGGGCGGAGAAUUACGGUUGUAUACGUGCUAUUAUAUACAUGAACCUUCUAGAAAGUUCCAUACCGCUUAUACAACGCAGCCGCCUUCGUCCGCCGGACUGCUUUCUAGAAGAUUCCAAAGUGACUGGCAUUUCGUAGCCACGUGUCGCCUUAUCAAGAUCACAUACGGUCACGAGCAUUAAUAUGUAUACACUUUGGUACCAUGUCACAUUAACUUCUUUGACAAAUUGAACUGUAAGUCUCACUAAAUGUCAAAUAUGUUAGUGCGACAGAGUCCUAAAGUGGCUACAUUAUAUUGCUCAUGACUGUACACAUCUAUCGAGAUCUCGUGAUCCGUUUCGGCACCUAUAUCAACCCAUUUAAUCAAUAUCAGGGGUUAAUACGGAUCGCAACUAAUUUUCACGACAAUACUACAAACAUAGUUGCCAUUUUCUCAGAUAACGAAAUUGAUUAUAAGUCUUAUAAAAUAAGUGCAAAGUUUUGAAUGCUAUAGUGCCAUAUCAAAUUGUUUGACGAAUACGUAAAAUAUGAGUAGUGCUAUUUAACACUAUUGAACAAAUAAAGGUAACGGAAUAAUUACAUAAGAACAAUAGGCUACUUGACAACCUAGUUAAUUGAGAUACUUUUUACGAAAAGUCAAAGCGAAAGUUUUCCUUGGAAUCUGUAUGGAAAUACUGUCCUCUGACGUUAACAAUAAAAGCGGUCAAACGUCGUACUCAUUGUUACUUAAUUCAUAAAUAAAAUACGAAAAUAAGUCGAAAUGUAAAAUGAGAUUGAUUUUUGAUCAUCUUAGCCUCACUUCUAUUACUAGAUUAGCAUUUUAUAACUUAUCUUUGACCCAGUUAAAUACCCUAUUUGUUACGUAAAAGUGGUAGUCGACAGUACUGUCGGGCAUUUAAGCAAUAUCGCAAUGGAAUUUAGUUUUAUGUGUAUGUAUGUAUAAUUGUUAAUUUUAAGUUUACUCGUAUCUACAAUUUUGUUAUUGUUACCACUUAUUGAGGAAUAACAAAUCCUGUCUCUUUAUUGCAACUAAACGUAACAAUUAACUAUCCAGAAAUAUUUUUAUUAAGUAUUUUUUUUAAUUUGAAAAUCAAACGCAUGUGAAAUUUGAACAUGGUGCUAAUAUACUGUUGUGCCUCAAUAAUCUUUAAGAGCUAUCUCUGUGUAUAUAGUGUAGAUUAGAACAAAGUUUGAUAGACCUAGAGGAUGUUUUAGGUAGGCAAUUAUACUUAGUUUGUGUACUAAAAACAGUGACUAAUUGUAAACAGUGACUGUAUUCAGUUACUAUACAGUCUCACAUAACAGUGUCGACACCUAGUUGCAAUUAAAAAUUAAAUGUUAUGGCCGAUAAACAAUUUAGAAUAUGAUAUUUUGAACCGAUAGCUGCUUAUAGCUUAUAAACGGAGAAUCUCUUCCUAACGAAUAGAAUUUACUUUAUACCGGUAAUAUUCAGAUUUUUUUUUCUUUCUUUUUUCCUUGAUUUAACUUUACUGGUCCAGCCAUUUUAUACAAAAUAAAAUAUUUUUUAUCAAGAUUGUCCUCUGGUUUAUAUUUUAAUGUGUAAAUAGAAUUACCUAUAUAUUUAUAGAUUUUGAUUAUAUCCCGUGCGAAUUAAAUAGACUCCUCGUUGAAAUGUAACUUCUUUACGGAAGUAAACCCGCACCCACUAAAGUCACGCAUUUGUCUUUAUGUGUUGUAUGUACGCUUUGUAGCGAUACUUAGACUUACUCUAAAGCGCAAUAUACACCAUAACCCAUGGUAUAAGAAGACUAGGUAUGCUCAAUCCUAUGACAAGCCGCCAUUGCUAGCCCAUAAUGACGUAAGUGUUACCAUUAAAUUGGUACCUCCUACAUUCCAAGGGCGUAUAUUUUAUUAUUGAAAAUUAAGUGAAUUACUGGCUAAUGUAUUAAAUAACUAUUACUUGUCACAUAUAUAAAUAUGACUAAAACUUUAAGUAAAUGUUUUACUAAAAGUUCUAAAUUUCCUUGCAAAGUAAAUAUAAAAACAUUGGUUGUGGGUAAUUUAUUUAUUACGAAAUGGCAAUACAGGGCGGGAUGACGUCAGCUGGGUUAACCUUGAAAUGUUAGCUGUCAGUUUUGAGCAUACCUGGUCUUCUUAUACCAUGCUAUAACCCAUUUACCCGCCGCCUUAUGUCAAUUUGGCAACAUGUCGUCCAAAUUUCCGCGGGUGCAUGUGCAGAUAUGAAUCUAUUCAUAUAACCCGCCGCGUAUAUUGCGCAUAACUAGCUGGCGAGAUGUUUAGUUAUUUCACACGGGUUAUAUAUAUUUGUGUAGCUAUAAAUAUUAUUGCUAGGUUGCUAAAAUAUUAUGUUUAUUUGACAUUAGAAAAAUUAAACUUGCUGCAAUAAAUAUAAAAAAAUAUUGUAGGAAAAAUGUAUAUUGCAAUAACGAUAGAAGGAAAACUGCUCAUCUUCGUUGAUCCUUUUUUUUAUUCCGGUGUCCGCUUACCGACU